ACUGUAUCCACAUAACGAAUCAUAACAAACUCAACCUCAACCUCUCAACCUCAACCUCAAUUGGACACAACUCGUCAAUCUUAUCAAGCAUUCGCCAACCCAUUCCCAGAUAUCAACACCACGAGAACAUUAAAGAUUAUUCCACAUCACUAUCUACCUAGUCAAACUAUCUAUCCCUCGCAAGCAAGCAAACAAUAAAUAGACCGACAGCCCGGCUGCUCGCUUUAUUCAUUACCCACAAAUCAACAUCACCUACCUCUACUCACUAGGUCUAGGUCUCCCCGCCAACUUACCUCGAACUUUCUUUCACAAGUUGAAGUCACAACCACACCACUAUACUACAAAAAUGGACCGCGACCAGAAUACAACCGAGGAUCUGUUUGAUCUCGAAAACCGCCUCACCGCCUCCCUCCUGCGCACCUUCCAAUCCCUCCUGCACCACGGCGCCUCCAGCGUCAACGGCACUGCCUCCGUGGGGCAAGCCGCCUACAACGCCAUGGCGACCGACAUCCUCAUGAACGGCAUGGUCCAAUCGGUCGAGGAGCUUUUGUCUUUGACUCGCAAGAUGCGAGAGCUGUGGGUGGUGGGACCCCUGAGAAAGCCGGGCGAGGGGGAUGAGGAGGUGGAGAGGGAGAUGAGGGGGUGUUGGGAGGGGGUCGUACAGAAUGUGGGGGGGUGGAGGGGACUGAAGAGGGCGGAGGUGGUAAAUAAAAUGGGGGGGAAAGGAAAAGGGGUCGGGGAGUAUAAGGAGGGGGAGGUGGGAAUGCCGGCUGGUGUGGUGCAGCAGCAGCAGUUUGGACAGUUUGGGCAGUUUGGUCAAGGUGGGCAAGGUUCGCAAGGUGGGCAAGGUGGUGGUGGGUUGCCGCCGUCUGGAAGCGCGACGCCGAAUAUGGGGGUGAGGAAUUUGACGGCAGCAGCUGGGGGAGGAGCAGGAGCAGGAGGACCGGGAGGACUGGGAGGAAGUGGUGGCAUGGUGGCUUAGAAGGCUGUUGCUGCGCUGGGAUCGGAUUUCCCACUACGAGUACGAGUGAAUGUGGAGGAAGAAGGAGAAGAAGAAAAUGGCGUCGGUGGUUCAAAUGGGAAUGAUGAUGGAAGUGGUAGUGAAACCCUUGAUGAUGACAAUGGUAGUGAAACCCUUGAUGAUGAAAGUGAUGGUGAAACUGGUGAUGGAAGUGGUGGUGAAAGUGGUGAUGAUGAUGAUGACAGCGGUAGUGCAACUCUUGUUGAUGACGACGAUGACGAUGAUAGCGAAAGCGAUGAAUC